AUGGGAGACAACACUUACAUUUCUAGUCUUGAACUUAUGAUCUCAACAUGGCUUCUUGCUGUGAGCUUUGCACUAACUGCAGAUUCAUUCUCUCGAGUGGUAGUACGAAAAAUCAUUGGCAGACAAUAUUAUUGGCUUCUUUAUCCCGUAAAUAUCGCAAUACUUAUGUGCGAAGUAGUCUCACUUUUUCAAAUUAGAGCAAGUUUAAUAUGUUCAAGUAUCGCAACCCCUUCAACUCUUGAUUGUGAGAAAACA